AUGUCGUGGGAAUGGGAUCGAGCAGCAGAUGAUGCAUUUCAUAGACUGCUUGGCUACUCCCAAGAAUAUCUCGAUCGGCUUCACGAAGGGGUAGAUGAAUACCGCGCUGCGCACGCUGCCCGAAUUGCUAGUGCACCAGAUGCGUGGUCAGAGUUGGGGUCAGACUCCGAUUAUGACGAUGCUCAUCUUGCCCCGUUGAGCCCACCAUUAACACCUAGAGGCGAAGGACAGGGACAAGGACUUGACCAGCCGAGAUUUGACCAUUCGCAAAGAAUCGCAGCUCCUGUUCCUUCACAGAACUCGAAGGUUCAUACAACGCGAUCUCGAUCUGCUGCAACAGUUUCGAAGCGCGAAGAUUCUCGAGUGAAAGGUGUAGAGCAGGCAGGGCAUUUUGUGCUCUCCUUCCACGAGGACCGGACUGCGGAGUUGCCUCAUUUAGGCUGGAGAGUUGGAAAAGGAUCUAGGAAAUCGCCAGCAAAUCGUGGUGUCGACAUAUUGUUGGCGAGACCGGGCGACCUUCUAAGCAAAUCAUUGGCCGGCAUACACAUGGUCCUUAUCUUCAAUCUCAGAUCAGGAUUUCUUAUGCUCAGAGCAGGGAGCCAAAAAGCACCGGUGGAGUUCAAGGUGGGUGGAAAAUGGGAGAAGCUGGAGUACCAAGAAGAACGGUUGAUGUAUCAGCCUGCUACAAUGCUUCGGGCUGGUUCAUGCGAAUAUGAGUUGGAGUAUACGGUUGAGAAAGAACAUAGAACGGCGUACUUUGAUCGAAGGAAUAAUUUUCUGAAGAAGAUAUCCUCAAGCAAAGAACCUGUACAGCUGGUUUUUCAGAAGAUGCCGGGAGACAGCUACGUGCUCAGAGGCAGAUGUCUUGAGUUCGAGACACAGGGAUCUGGAGCAUUCGGGUGGAUAACUCAGGGAGUAGACACCCUGACAGGGAAUCCAAUCGCUAUUAAAGAACUCCGUAUCAAUAGCCAAAGGAAGUGUGUUGAGACUAUGGCUGAGGUGGAGAUGGGGAGGCGUUUUCUUAACAAACGAGGUCUCCUUCCUAUUCUGGAAGCCCAAUGCGAGCACGGUAGACCCAAUGGCUGUGGCACAUUAGAAAGAUUCUAUAUAUUUAUGCCAUACGCACGCUCUGACUUCACUCUGAACUUCUGGUCAAGUCCAGAAUUUCCUCGGAGGACUAAAUUGCAUUUGCUAAGAGAACCACUCGAAGGCAUCAGGAUGUUACACACAAUGGGCAUCAUGCAUCGUGAUAUCAGGAUAAAGAAUAUACUGAUCAUGUCAGUGAAACCCCCUCAAGCUUCACUCUGCGACUAUGGCAAAGCCAUCGAAGCAGCCAGCUCUACAGUUACAACUAUCGGUCCAAUCUGUACGUUAGCUCCUGAAGUGUGGACUAUAUCUACAGACGGCCCAUACACUGCAAAGAUCGACAUGUGGGCUUAUGGUUACGCUAUUGCGGAAAUCCUGGGGUAUUCUGUUGCCAGAUAUCCUGGUCUAGAUGGCUAUCACACUAAUAAUCCUCAAAUUACACGUAACCGACACAUGGCGAUUCUUGAGAUGCUUCGUGCUCACUGUUACAAGAUAACUGAGGACGAGCCUCUGGUCGACCUGGUUUCGAAGUUACUAGUGUGGGAACCUGAAGAACGCUGGUCAGCAGAGCAGGCUCUUGAGCAUGUAUGCUGGGAUCCAAUAAGUCAAAACGAAACGAGUCAUAACGAGCACCAGGCCGAGAAUGAUGCAGGACCUCUUGAUCAAAAGAGCUCGGGUCAACAAUCCAGAGCCGAAAUCGGAUGGUUAGUACCUUCCCAUUUCUCGCCCAUCCACAAUCGUUACCCAGGAGUUAUCGCAAGGGGCUAA